AGGUGAGUGACCGGUGGCAGGGCCCCUCUCCGACAGUCCGCCCCAACCCCGCCCUGCUGGGGCGCUACCGGCAUUCCAGCAUCCCAAAGCUACUUGCUAAGUCUUAUCUAGGAGGGCUAGGUAGGAGGGAGGUGGUCUGGGCCCCAGGAAUCCCAGUCAUUGUCCUGAACUGUUCAUCCACGCAAAUGUCUGGAGCAAUUUUUGCGCCUCUGGAGGGCCUGGGUACCCUGGAUGCUGCGAGUGGCCAUCCCCUCGUGUGUCCGCUGUGCCAUGCACAAUAUGAGCGCCCGUGCCUGCUGGACUGCUUCCACGACUUCUGUGCUGGCUGCCUGCGCGGACGGGCUACUGAUGGCCGCCUGUCCUGUCCGCUGUGCCAGCACCAGACCCUGGUGAAGGGUCCCAGUGGGCUCCCGCCAGUGGACCGGCUGCUGCAGUUCCUGGUGGAUAGCUCUGGGGACGGUGUGGAAGCUGUGCACUGUGCCAACUGCGACCUGGAAUGCAGCAAGCAGGACGCAGAGACCACUUACUUCUGCAACACCUGCGGACAGCCGCUGUGCGCACGCUGCCGCGAAGAAACGCACCGCGCGCGCAUGUUCGCAAGGCAUGACAUUGUAGCCCUCGGCCAGCGCCCCCGCGAUGUGAUCCAGAAGUGUUCGCUACAUUCGGAGCCCUACAUCAUGUUUUCCACCGACAAGAAGUUGCUGCUAUGCAUCCGCUGCUUUCGAGACAUGCAGGGGGAGAGCCGGGCCCACUGUGUGGACCUGGAGUCAGCGUAUGUACAGGGUUGCGAGCGGCUGGAGCAGGCAGUGCUGGCAGUGAAAGCUCUGCAGACAGCCACGAAGGAGGCCAUCGCGCUGCUACAGGCCAUGGUGGAGGAGGUGAGGCACAGCGCAGCUGAGGAGGAGGCAGCCAUCCACGCCCUCUUUGGCAGCAUGCAGGACAGGCUGGCCGAGAGGAAAGCUCUGCUGUUGCAGACCGUGCAGAGCCAAUAUGAAGAGAAGGACAAAGCCUUCAAGGAACAGCUGGCCCACUUGGCCUCCUUGCUACCCACCCUACAGGUUCACCUGGUCAUCUGUUCAUCCUUCCUCAGCUUGGCCAGCAAGGCUGAGUUUCUGGACCUGGGUUAUGAGCUGAUGGAGAGGCUGCAAGGCGUCGUCACGCGCCCGCAUCGCCUAAGACCGGCUCAGAGCAGCAAGAUCGCCAGCGAUCACCGCGCAGAAUUUGCGCGCUGUCUGGAGCCGCUGCUGCUUCUGGGGCCCCGCAGAGCCGUGUCCACCGUGGGCGUCGCCAACACGUUGGCGGGGAGCUCAAGCCCCAAGGUGCUGAAGACACCCAGCUGUCCCUCCCCAGUGGGAAAGAUGCCAGGGUCACCUGUCCAGAAACCCUCACCCCACCGUUCCAUCAGCACGAAGGUGCUCUUGGCCGAGGGCGAGGACACACCCUUCACAGAGCACUGCCGACAUUAUGAGGAUUCCUAUCGGGGUCUGCAGGUAGAGGUGCAGAACCUGAAGGACCAGGUUCAGGAAUUACACCGAGACCUCACCAAGCACCACUCGCUCAUCAAGGCGGAGAUCAUGGGGGACAUCCUGCACAGGUCCCUGCUGCUGGACACACAGAUUGCUUCUGAGUAUGCCUCCAUGGAAGGCAUGAGAGCAGUCUUCCAGGAGAUUUGGGAGGACUCCUACCAACGAGUAGCUACCCAGCAGGAGAUUUAUGAAGCCCAGCUCCAUGACCUUCUCCAGCUGAAGCAGGAGAAUGCCUACCUGACCACCAUCACUAAGCAAAUCACGCCGUACAUCCGCUCCAUUGCCAGAGUGAAGGAGCGGCUGGAGCCCAGAUUCCAGGUACCUGUGGAUGAGCACAUGGAACAGAACGUGUACGCUGAUGCCAUGGGCAGUGAGGCCCCAGCCAGGAUCGACCCAGGGAGCAUCACUGAGAAGAGAGAGAGGGCAUCUGAGGCCCAUGGAAGCAGCUGGGCCCUGUGCAUCCUCCCAGAAGGGCCCCCAUUAAAAAACCAAGACCACCCCAGACCCAAGUAGGAAACCAGAGAUGAGGGAUGGCGAAGUGGCUCAGGGCCCAAAGCGGCUUGCUACCAAGCCUGCUGA